AUGGCCCCCAAAGAAAUCGAAAUCAAGAAACGUCGCACCCGAAGCGACUACGUCUUUCACCAAGUAUACCGAACAAGAUGGUUUGAUAACGAUAUGUACGCACACCUCAACAAUACUGUCUACGCAAUGCUCUUCGACUCCAUCGUCAACAGCUGGCUCAUCGCCGAAUGUGGCAUGGACCCCUUCUCCAUCAACAACAAGGACUCGGAUUCGUCAGCAAAGACCAACGCAGCGUCCCAGGUAGGUAUCAUGGUCAACUCGUACUGCGAUUACUUUGCCUCGGUGUCUUUUCCCGAUGUGUUAGACCUCGGACUUCGGGUCGCGAAGCUCGGUUCGUCGAGUGUUACCUAUGAAGUUGGGGUUUUCAAGCAGGGGGAGGAGGAGGUGAAGGUUGUUGGGGGGUAUACGCAUGUUUUUGUGGCGAGAGAGACGAUGAGGCCGACUAAGGCGGGAAUGGAGGAGAGGGUGAGGAAGGGAUUGGAGAAGCUGGUUAAGGGGGGUGGGAAGGAGGGGGCAAAAUUGUAG